UGUGUGUGUGUGUGUGUGCGUGUGCGUGUGCGUGUGCGCGCUUGUUUUGCCGCUGCCAUCUAUUGUGAUGAACGGGGGUUCCCAAACUGUGGUACGCACAACCCCGGGGGUGUAUGACCUUAAAUAUUAAAAAAGAAAUCACACAAUAAAAAGGUCAAAUUUGACCAUUUCCAAAACAUUUACCUAAAUUAAUUUAGAAUUUAUUGCAAAGAAAAAAACCCUCACAAAAUAUAUGUGAUAAUAGUAAAAAACUAUUAUGUAUUCUUUUCAAAACCAUGAUACCUAAAAUACCCACCACACAAUGAAUAUUUUGUUCAAUUAUAAUUACAAAAUAUAAUUGAUCUAAAAAUACACCCCACAGAUUUAAUUCAAUAAAAUUUUAACAAUUUUAACAUUUUACCCAAAAUUGGCAAAUAAAAGAAAAAUGAGGGUACUCCCCCAAUGCCCAUAACCCCACCCAAAAUGUAAUUCAUUAAAAUAUGAAACAAUUAAAAUGUAUGUAAGAAAGCACAAUAACCAAAAACACAAUAAAUAGCAAAUUACAAUUUCUUGCAAAAAAGUACCAGUCCGUUUUCUAGUGCAACAUAAAAUCAGUGAAACUGAUUUCCAAUGUGCGUAUUUUUUAUUUUUUUUAGUCAGUGAAGCUAGCAUGAGCUCCACAUUCACGGUGAGCGUGCGUGUGCGCGUGCCUAGCCCGUAAAUGUAUGGGAGAGGUUUUUGGAAAUGCAAAAUGACCGGAGGGUGUGUGUUGGUUAGUGGUCACAGCAGGGGGUGUUGGAGCAGGUCAAAGUGUAUUGUGUAUUGUGUGUGUGUGUGUGCAUAGUGCGCGUGCGGAAUGUGUAGACUUGGGCGGAACAGUGGCUGGCCAUGUGUUCCUGUGCAGCCUGCCCGCCUGGAGCCCGCCAGCACAUCCCAGGCAGGAAAUGAGCAACACGCACGUACACACGCACGCACGCACGCAAAGGCAGCCGACAGACAGAGCAGUAUCAAGCGGGGGACAGCACACACGUACACACACACUCCUCCCUCUGAAACUUUUUGGCGGAGUAACUUUGGAUCCCUUUUUUCCGCCUUCGUGGAUAACAUGCUGGAUUUCCGUUCGCUUCUUCCCUGGAAUCCCGAAAAGCGGACCUGUAAAAUUCCCGUUUCGGCAAGCAGCUGGGGGGCAGGCGAGGCUGUGAAUGCAUCACUUUGGAGCCGUCACAAAUGAUCGUGGUGGACAACUGCGGCGAGGGGGACGACGGGUUCCUGCACCGGGACGGCUCGCAGCGACGUUCCCGCCGGCGCUUCCGCAGGAUCAACCCCAAAGGGGAGCGGGAGUUGAUCACGGACGGGCAAGAACCCGCUGCUUACAAGGAUUAUGUCAACAACCAGCUUCCUGCCGACCUCAACAAGAUGCACUUGACGGACCACGCCCACCAGCAGGUGAUGCACGUGCCCGCCAGCCAGUCGGGCUGCAGCAUCGCCAGCGACUCGGGCAGCAGCAGCCUGUCAGACAUCUACCAGGCCACGGAGAGCGAGCUGGGCGACGUGGACCUGUCUGGCCUUCCCGAAGCUCCCGUGGACAGCGAGGACGAGGAAGAGGAGGACGAUGACCUGGAGAGAGCCUCGGACACGCUGCUGGCCCGAGACCUUGUGCGCGAGUGUCUGGAGAAGGACCCGGCCGACCGCAACGACGACGACAUUGAGCAACUGCUGGAGUUUAUGCACCAGCUGCCGGCCUUCGCCAACAUGACCAUGUCGGUGCGUCGGGAGCUGUGCGGCGUGAUGGUCUUCGAGGUGGUAGAGCAGGCGGGCACCGUCGUUCUGCACGACAAGCAGGAGCUGGACCUGUGGUACGUCAUCCUGAACGGUGCGGUGGAGAUCGGUCGCCCCGAGGGCCGGGCGGAGACGCUGUGCAUGGGCAACAGCUUCGGCAUCUCGCCCUCGCUGGACAAGCAGUUCAUGAGCGGGGAGGUGCGCACCAAAGGGGACGACUGCCAGUUGGUGUGCAUCGCCCAAGAGGACUACUGGCGCAUCCUCAACCACGUGGAGAAGAACACGCACAAGGUGGAGGAGGAGGGCGAGAUCGUCAUGGUGAAGGAGCACCGCGAGCUGGACAGAAGCGGCACCCGCAAGGGGCACAUCGUCAUCAAGGGGACCCCGGAGCGUCUGAUCAUGCAUCUGGUGGAAGAGCCCUCGGUGGUGGACCCCACCUACAUCGAGGACUUCCUGCUCACCUACCGCACCUUCGUGUCCAGCCCCUUGGAGGUGGGCAAGAAGCUGCUGCACUGGUUCCAGAUGGACACACUUCGAGACACGGUGACCCGCAUUGUGCUGCUGUGGGUCAACAACCACUUCAAUGACUUUGAGGGCGACACGGCCAUGACGCGCUUCCUGGAAGACUUUGAGAAGCUGCUGGAAGCCACAAAAAUGAAAGGCCACCUGCGGCUACUCAACAUCGCGUGCGCUGCCAAGGCCAAGUGGCGGCAGAUCACGCUGCAGAAGGCGUCGCGUGAGUCGCCGCUCUACUUCAGCGUGCAGGGUGGCAGCGAGCGCGGCUUUGGCAUCUUUGUCGAGUCAGUGGAGGAUGGCAGCAAGGCAUUCGAGGCGGGGCUUAAACGUGGAGACCAGAUCAUGGAGAUUAAUGGGCAGAACUUUGAGAACAUCUCCUUCUCCAAAGCCGUGGACAUCCUGAGGAACAACACGCACUUGUCCCUUACGGUCAAGACCAACAUAUUUGUCUUCAAAGAGCUCCUGAGCCGAAUUGUGCAUGAGAAGAAGAACGGCGGGCCGCACAUUCCCAAGAUCCAGGAGAAGAAGGGGAACCGCUUCUCCAUCCCGGACUUGCCCGGUGACAUGGAGUUUGCCACAGACCACAAGGCCACACGCAAGAUGAAGGCCAACACGGUGUCGGGCGGCCGCAACAAGAUCCGCAAGAUGCUGGAGAAGACGCGCUUCAGCAUCCUGCCGCCCAAGCCCUUCAGGGGCCUGUUUGGUGACGGCGGCAUGGGUCAGUCUCAGGACGACAGCAUCGUGGGUACCAAACAGUGUCGGCACAGCGUGGCCAUCAUGCCCAUCCCCGGCAGCCUGUCGUCAAGCAGCCCGGACCUCCUCCAGCCCGCCACCAGUGUGCUGGACUUCUCCAACCCGGCAGCACUAGGACUGUACUACAUUCCAGACCAGGUGAUCCGGGUGUUCAAGGCCGACCAGCAGAGCUGCUACAUCAUUAUUAGCAAGGACACCACCGCCAAGGACGUGGUGGCGCACGCCGUCAACGAGUUCGGACUGUCGCCGGCCGCCGAGAACUACUCGCUGUGCGAUGUGUCCGUCAGCCCCGAGGGCGUCAUCAAGCAGCGCCGCCUGCCCGACCAGCUCUCCAAGCUGGCUGACCGCAUUCAGCUUAACGGCAGGUACUACCUGAAGAACAACAUGGAGACGGAGACUCUGUGUUCGGACGAGGACGCCCAGGACCUGCUGCGCGAAAGUCACAUCUCUCUGCUGCAGCUCAGCACCAUGGAGGUGGCCGCCCAGCUCUCCAUGAGGGACUUUGAGCUCUUCAGAAACAUCGAGUCCACAGAGUACGUGGACGACCUGUUCAAGUUGGACUCGGCGGCGGCGGCGGGCGGCGGCCACCUGAAGCGCUUCGAGGAGGUCAUCAACCAGGAGACCUUCUGGGUGGCCACCGAGAUCCUCAAAGAGCCCAACGCCCUCAAGAGGAUGAAGACCGUCAAGCACUUUAUCAAGAUCGCCCUGCACUGCCAAGAGUGCAAGAACUUCAACUCCAUGUUUGCCAUCAUCAGCGGUCUGAACUUGGCCCCGGUGGCUCGCCUGCGCAGCUCGUGGGAGAAGCUGCCCAGCAAGUACGAGAAACUCUCCGGGGACCUGCAGGACGUCUUUGACCCGUCACGCAACAUGGCCAAAUACCGCAACGUCCUGAGCGGCCAGAGCAUGCAGCCACCUGUCAUCCCGCUUUUCCCCGUGGUCAAGAAGGACCUCACGUUCCUGCAUGAAGGCAACGACUCAACGGUGGAUGGCCUGGUGAACUUCGAGAAGCUGCGGAUGAUCGCCAAGGAGAUCCGACACGUCGUCCGGAUGACGUCGGCCAACAUGGACCCCGCCCUGAUGUUCAGACAACGGAAGAAGAGGUGGAAGAGUUUAGGAUCUCUGAGUCAGGGCAGCACCAACUCCAACAUGCUGGACGUGCAGGGCGGCGGGCACAAGAAGCGUGUGCGACGCAGCUCGCUGCUUAACGCCAAGAAGCUGUACGAGGACGCGCAAAUGGCACGCAAGGUCAAGCAGUACCUGUCCAACCUGGCGGUGGAAACGGACGAGGACAAGCACCAGAUCAUGUCGCUGCAGUGCGAGCCCGCCUACACCACCAUUUCUAAGAAUUUGAGUGACCGGCGGUCCACCAAGUCGGACAUGUCGCCUGUGUCGCUACGGUCGGCGCUGCCCUCUGGGAAGACCCAGAACCGGGUGUCGCAGGUCCUUCAGGUGCAGGUUCCGCUCAACCCGCUACGCAAGAAGAGCACCGCCAAGGACGUCGGCCCGCCCAACUUUAGUUCCCCUCAGGUAGUCAAGAAGCCCCCCGCCAGCUCAGCAGACGAGUGGACCGCCAAGAGAGCCUCGGAAGACACGGUGUACACAAUCUCGUCCCGGCACUCCAGCCCCACCGUGUCGCCGCAGGGCUCACCGCGCAAAGGCCCGUCGGCCAAAGCUCAGACCUGCUCAGGCCAGAUAAACCUGUCGGGCUCCUCGUCGUCGUUGACCAGCGACGCCAGCACCAAAGCGAGUACCAUCAGCCUGCGCAGCUACGGCAUAGGUUAUGCGCUGCUUCCUCCGGGCAAAGCGGACAACCUGUCCGACUCCAGUCACAGCGAGAUCUCGUCUCGCUCCAGCAUCUGUUCCGUGGACUCGGUGCCUGCCCCAGGUCUGGAGGAGCGCUGUAACAGCGUUGGCGCCAGGACGUCCGUCGCAUCCGCCACUGCCGGCCCCACCGUGCCGGCUGGCGUGCCGACGCCCGAGAGCGCGGCGGCCACGCACUUAAAUGUGGACUACAGCCAGCCCGGCACCAGUUCUCCUUCUUCCGCGGCGGUGCCGGCGUCAUUUCGGGGUUACGCCACACGAGGCUCCACCUUCACGUCGUCCAUCUCCACGGAGGAACUGACACCCGACUUGGCCUCCCUGGACUCGGUGGCUGACAGCGGGCGCGGCAGUUGGACGUCCUGCUCCUCCAACUCCCAUGACUCCUUCCAGAGCCUGCCCACCUCCUCCUGCCGCCCCUGGGACCACGGCAUCCAUGGGCACCCGCUGGCGCUCGCUCACCGGCUGGCUGGCGCCCCCAUCGCCGAGGCGGAUUCCGCCCGCGGCUCUGAGCUUGCCAAGCAGUCGCGGCAGAGCUGGGCAUCGUCGGGAUCCUUGUCGGACACAUAUGAGGGGAAUUACGGCACCGUCAAGCGGAGGAACGCCACCGAGCAGCAGCGGGGGCUGCCUGGCUCUGCCUCUUCUGCCUCGCCGACCAAUGACGAUGGAGUGCAGAGUACAGACCCCGCCUACAAAACUGUGACAUCCAGCACGGAGAAAGGACUAAUAGUUUACUGCAUCACCUCCCCCACCAAGGACGAGCGUUACCGAGCCCCUCCUCCCACCCCUCCAGGCUACCAGGGUCUGGCUCUGGGGGACGUCAAAGAUGGCAGUGCUGGGACUGUGGCGGCAGGGGCGUCCGGGAGGCCUCCCCACCUCAGACCGCCUGACUACAGCGUGGCCAUGCAAAGGAGCAAACUCCUGCAGAGCCCCGGAGCCGCUGGCAGCCUGGCGCAGGCCCGGAGACUUGCCGGCAGCCGCCUCGGGACAUGCGACGUGGCCGACAGCGAGGACGAUGAACAAGUUUCGGCCGUGUAGACGCGUGGACUCCACACCAAGGCACGAUCUUUGCCACCUCCUGGAACUCGUGCCUGCUUAACUUGAAAAUAAGGAACUUUUAAAAGACUUCUGACUAGGACAAAAAAAAGAAAAUAGUUUCACACUUUUUUAAGCUUUUAACGUUUUUUUUUUGUUUUUUUUUUUUUCCUCAUCAUUUUAAUUUUGCACCUCGGAGCUAGCGCCACGUUUUCCUUGGGACAAGAUGGCCAACAGAAGGAUCCCAGGAUCACUUGUGGGUCUUCUGGUGCCAUCCAUGGAUCACCAGUCCCGUUAGCAAGACCCCAUGUGGCUCUCCACACAGGCCCCCUUGGAACUUGUGCCUGCUUCACUUGAAAAUAAGAAACUUCAGACCAGGAAAAGAGAGAGAGAAAAGUUUUAUGCUAUUUAAGAUUUUAGCUUUUUUUUAAUCAUUUGAAUUUUGCACCACAUUUUCCUCGAGACAAGACCGCCGACAGGAGUUAAGGUGAUUUGUGGAGCACUUACUGUUCUUGGAGGAAACAAAAUGGCCGCCUCAAGAAGCUAGCUAGUCGAGCGCCGUGCUACCUCCUGGACCUUUUAGGGGAUAAAAACAAUGUUCUUUUUUUUUUUAAGGCGCAAACGAAAUGGGGGUAAAAAAAGGUGUGUUUUGUUUACAGUGUUGAUUGGAUGAAAGCGCUAGCCCCGCCCCCUUUUUAUUUAAAUGUAGCCAAACGGGAAGUGUAUCUCCAGUUCGUGUUGAUUGUACAGAAAAGGAUUGGUCUUCCCGACGUCCCUUGGGAAGACUUGAAAUGCUAACGUGUUGGCAUAUGUAUAAAUAAGUGAAUGCGAACGUGUGUAUAUACUUUUUUGUGGUUGUUUUUGCUGUAAAUUAACGAUGGUGUAUAGAUUACAGACUGUGGAAUAUUUUAGAAUAUUUUGUUACCAAAAAAAAAAAAAAAAAAGCAUUUUUAUUUUCUUUGCUGGCUCCUCGCUUAUGCUUCUAGUAGCUGUGCAGAUGCUGCUGCUGCUGCUGCUGCUACUGUGUGUGUGUGUGUGUGUGUGUGUGUGUGUGUGUGUAUGUGUGUGUGUUUAUUCCACAACACAUACGUGAAGGUUUAGACCCCCUUGCCUGGUUUCCUGGGUCUCCUCAGCCCCAUUUGGGUAUCUCACAAAAUCUCUUGUGGGUCUCUUGGGUCUCCUUGGCCACCUGUGGGUAUUCUAACCCGCCACCACCGCUUUAGCACUCCUGGGCCCCUCAUGAUUCUCCUCUACCUCUGUUUGGUCUCAUGGGACCCUCCUGGACAUCUUUUGGAGCUCCGUCCCGCUGUUUCCAAGGAUCCAUUGUGGGUCUCUCCUGUCUCCGUUUUCUCAUUUGCACUCCUGGUUCUCCUCACGAGCCCCUUUAGAUUUACUGGAUCCCUCCUGGACCUCCUCUGUUUAAUGGGUCUCUAGUAGUCUGUUUCCGUAGGAUUAUUUGGAUCCAUUGUGGAUCUACACAAUGGCACUCCACAUGGUCUCAAUGUGGGCCUCCUGGAACUCUGGCGUGCCUUCUUGGCCCCUACUAGUUGUUCAAGUCAUCUGUCUGAUCUCCUAGAUCACAGGUUUCAAACUCAAGGCCCGGGGGCCAAAAACUCAAGGCCCGGGGGCUACGUCAUUUUAUGUGGCCUGCGAAAGCAAAUUAGGUGCAACAUCCAUGAUUUUAAAAUCUGCACCAAAAUUUCAAGCAUUUUUUUAGUUACCAAACCCCUCUUUUACAGUAACUUGAACAAUAGCUGAACAAACUAUUGUCCUUGAAUUGUGAUUUCAAAACUAGUUAUCCAUCAAUUUGCUGUGAGCAAUAAAACAUUUAGAUGGUUUCAUAGUCAUAAUGGCCCUCUGAGAGAAACCGUAACUACAAUGUGGCCCGCAAUAAAAAUGACUUUGACACCACUGUCCUAGAUCUUUCAAGGGUGUUCUCGGACCUCCUGGGAGCCCACCAUGGGUGUCUCGACACCCAUUUUUUGAGUUUCCUCUGCAAAACCCUUGUCAUAUAGAUAUCUUUGAGUAGGUCCCCUGGACCUCUUUUAGGUCCUCUUGGGACAUUUUUAGGUUUUCUGGACCACUUGUGGGUCACCCAGGGUUCCUUUUCGGUCACCUGGCCCCCAUUUUAUCGCACCUGGACUCCUCGUGAUUCUCUACAUGUUCCACGGGUGGGUCUCCUGGACGUCUGGCAUGCCUUCUUGGCCCCUUGUAGGUCCGUAGGGGCCCCCCACACUUCUGGGCUCCUCCUCUGUCAGAUAACACCCCCCUUCCUCCCUCCCUCCCUCCAAUAGGUCUCGUUACUUCUGACAGGUCCUCCACAUGGACUAAGUUACCAAUUUGACAGUUUCUUCUGUUUUUGCACAACUUCACUCCUCACAUUAUAAACCAUGUGUCAGUAUUAAAUAACUCUCCUCAGGUGUGAACUCGUUUUGUACAAAGUCAAUUAAGGAUUUUCAAACCUUGGUUUAGUGUUCCUGCCCCUCCAUUUUAGUCCCCCGCUCGGAUACAACAAGCGAUGUGAAUGAGAAGCGAUGAUGAGGAUGCACAAUAAGAUGUAAAAGUGAGUGUUUGCUGCACAAAUAACGUCCCGUGUGUGUUUAAGUGGCACUCGUCUUGUUGCUGUUUUUUUUUUUUUAUGUCUUUUACAAAGACGACUCCAUUUCGGCCUUGUACGCUUUGUAUAUGUAUAUUUUUUACCGGUGGAUUGUACAUAGUUGUUAUAUUUUUGUUUAAGAGGAUGUGAACAAAGGAUUUAAACAAAGAAAGGACAUUUUAUUUCCUUUUAAGUCUACUGAUAAGAACUUGGACAGUGAAUAAAAUU